GCCCUGACACAGCUCUCUCACAGUUAUGGGGUUGAAAACAAUUCUUCGUAUUUUUGUUGCAUCCCUGCUCUGUGGGCCAUGUGCUGCUGGGCCUGCAGGGAAACAGUUUGCAAUAUCAUUCAUGCAGAAUUACAAACCAGGGAAUACAGGAGGUCAAGCACAAUUCAUCGUAGAGGUCUCAAGCCCGCCGAGUUCGCUCUUAAGCACAAAGGUGAAGGUGACUGCCCUGGGAAAAUCCUCUGAGACGACAAUUCCGCCAGGAAGUGGCAGGGCGCUCCAGCUACCUGUUGAGGUAGAAAUGAUUGGAAGCACAAGAAACAAACAGACUGUCCUGGUAGAAGCUGAUCAGGACAUUCUUGUGUUGUCACUUAACUCUAAGCCUUACUCAGCUGACACGUCAGUAAUCUACCCUGUCCAAGACUGGGGGACGGAGUAUUAUAUCUAUACUCCACAAAUGGGUCCACCUGACCAAUAUAAAGAGUUCUCCAUUGUCAAUCAAGGCAUGCUAAACACUGUGGAAGUUCAGUUAAGCGGUAUGGUGACGUUUGAAGGGCAGCAAUACCAAAAAGGUAGCACACUUGUUGUCAAUUUGGAGCCAUUUGAAAGUAUGCUAAUCCAAAGUAAAGAAGAUUUGACUGGUUCCAAGGUUUCUGCCAAGCAACCCGUGGCAGUUUUUACAGGACACAGUUGUACCUGGUAUUUUACUGACUGUAAUCACGUGUAUGAGCAACUACUUCCUGUAAGUAGCUGGGGAAAGGAGUUUUUAGUUGCAACUCUUGCAUACACAAAACCUUCAUACAGAUUCGAUUCAGUAAUCAUUCAGGCGUCAGAGAACACCGAAAUCCAAAUUAAUACUCAAGAUGGUGCAACUUCUCCAAAACAAAUGGUGGCUGGAGAAACACUCUAUAUCAACCUCCCAUAUCCAAACUCACUAAAUUUGAUGAGCAAUAAGGGAGUUCAAGUGCUCUAUGAGUUUAACGGUGGAAUUAACCAAAAUGGAGAAACUAAUGAUCCCUUCCUCAUUACUGUCCUGUCGAUAGAUCGCUUUAGCACCUCAUACGCACUGGGAAGUCAACCUGGCUUUACCAAUGAAGGUAUUAUUAUAGCUCAAACUUCAGACUUGGGAGGAAUGACAUUAGAUCAAAAUCCACUACCAAAUGACCUUCAGUGGUCUCAAGUAGGGAAAAGUCAAUACUCAUGGACACAGAUUAGUUAUGAUGCAGGCACAGGCUUCCAACAAGUUUCCCAUCCAGACUCAGCUUUUGCUCUAUACAGCAUCGGUGCAGCAAAAUACAAUGGAUAUGGAUCUCCUGCCCUUGGUGAUCCUCCAGCUACUGUUGGCGACUGCUGGGUCAUGGGAGAUCCACAUUACCGAACAUUUGAUGGCAGUUACUACAACUUCAUGGGCAAUUGUACAUAUAUCAUGGCUAAGAACUGCCAUGUGGACAGUUUUCACCCUGCUUUUGAAGUCCAAACUGAAAAUGAGCGCCUUGGAAGUGCGAAAACCGUCACUGUCAACAAAAUCAUCGUCAGUGUCUAUGGUACAAUCAUCACAAUUGUCCGCCAUGAGACUGGGAUUGUACGCAUCAGUGAUUCACUUUGGUACCUUCCAAUCUCCUUGGACAAUGGCAAAGUAACUCUUCAUCAAAGUGGCAUGUCGGUCAUCAUCAAGACAGACUUUGGACUGUCAGUUCAGUAUGACUGGGAUCAAUAUUUGGUGGUGAAAAUACCAGGAAGCUUCAUGGGAAGAAUGUGUGGAAUGUGUGGAAACUUCAAUGCGAAGAAAGAGGAUGACCUCAUCACUCCCAGUGGCGGUGUAGCAAGCAGUAUUCCACAACUUGGAAUGAGUUGGAGAGUGCCUGGUUUGCCAGGAAAUGCCUACUGCACUGAUGAUUGUGUGGGCCAGUGUGAGAGCUGUCAAGGAGAAUUAUGGUUUGAACGUUUAGCUGCAAAGGCCUUCUGUCACUUGGCCACACUUCUCACUGAAGGUCCCUUCAAAGAUUGCCACUCGGUCAUUGACCCCAAGGUUUUUUAUGAAAAUUGCCUUUUUGACUACUGUAUGGGAAAAGGAUACAGAAACUUCCUAUGUAAAACAGCACAGAUUUAUACAGAUGCUUGUCAGCGAUCUGGUGUCCAUGUGCAUAACUGGAGACACACCAUCGGCUGCUCUAACCCUACAUGCCCAGCAAACAGUCACUUUGAGGCUUGUGCCUGUCCUGCUACCUGUGAGAACCCCACUCCUUCUGCUGCAUGUAAAGCAAACUGUGUAGAGGCUUGCGUUUGUAAUGACGGAUACUUGUGGAGUGGAAACAAGUGUGUCCCUACAAAUCAAUGUGGCUGCAUGUACCAAAGUGCAGGUGAUGAUCGUUACCUACAGGCUGGAGAAUCUAUCUGGGCUGAUGACAGCUGCAGCACAAAAUGCACGUGCACCCCAACAAAUGGUCAAGUUGUAUGUGAAAAAAGCAGCUGCCCAGGUGGAACAGAAUGCAGUGUAGUCGGUGGGAACCGAGGCUGCCAUCCAGUCCAUCAGGCCACCUGUAAUAUCUAUGGAGAUCCUCACUACACCACAUUUGACAACAGCACAUAUGCCUUUCAGGGCACUUGUACUUACACUGCUGCUCAGGGCUGCCUCCUGGAGGGAACAAAGCUCACUCCAUUUGCAGUGAUAGUAGAGAAUGCAAAGUGGAAUGAAAUCCAAUCCAAUCCAAAUGUUUCUAUGGCCAAGGUUGUGAUUGUGCAAGUGUACGGCCUGACAUUAAUGCUGCAAAGGAAUCAACUAUAUCAGAUAAUGGUUAAUGGAUUAUUAACCAACAUUCCAGUAAGUCUGGACAAUGGAAAAGUGAGGGUGCAGCAAGAAGGCAAUCAAAAUGUGAUAUUAACAGACUUUGGCUUGAGAGUUUCCUUUGAUAUGAUAUAUCACGUCACCAUUACAGUCCCAAGCAGCUACGCUGGAAAGAUCUGCGGCUUGUGUGGAAACUUUAAUGGUAACAAGAACGAUGAGUACCUGUUGCCAAACGGCAAGGAAACCAAAGACAUCAAACAGUUUGUAUCUGCGUGGAAGGUACCUGUUCCUGGUCUUGGGUGUGAUGAUGGCUGCAGUGGUGACCUCUGUCCAAAGUGUCCUGAUGCUAAGAAAACUGUAUUUGAAAAAAGCUGUAGUAUUAUUACCAACCCUGCAGGUCCAUUUGCUCCAUGUCACAGUGUAAUUAACCCUGAAUCCUACUUCAACGAUUGUGUCUACGAUGUCUGCAUGGGCGAAGGAAAUCAAAAUAUGCUCUGUCAAGACAUUGCUGCAUACAUGACUGCCUGUCAGAAUGCCGGCGUUAAUGUGAAAAAUUGGAGAACACCAGCAUUUUGUCCCUUAUCAUGUCCUCCCAACUCUGUCUAUGAAAUCUGUGUAAACGUCUGUGAUGCACCUUGCCCUGGCCUUACUAGUGUAAUGGAUUGUAAUAUCCAGACCUGUGCCGAAGGCUGCAUGUGUAAACCUGGAUUCUUUAACGACGGGACUGGCUGCGUCACCGCAAAUCAGUGUAGCUGUUAUGAGAAUGGAAACACCUAUAAGAUUAAUAAGACUGUCAUCACAGAUUCUUGCAAGGAAAAGUUGACCUGCCAUGCCUCUGGUGUAGUGAGUCAUGAAACCAUGGAAUGCACAUCUUUGGAAGUUUGUGACAUACAGAAUGGGGUUUUAGGCUGCUAUCCGAAGCCUAAUGCUUCACCAGGCAUCUGUUAUGUCAUUGGAGACCCACACUACCGUACUUUUGAUGGCGAUUACUAUAACUUCAUGGGCAACUGUACUUACAUCAUGGCCAAAAACUGCCAUGUAGACAAUGAUCAUCCAGGAUUUGAAGUCCAGGCCAUAAAUAAACGUACUGGAAGCUCAAAAGCCAUUAGUGUCAGUGGAGUCACCAUUCAAGUCUAUGGUCAAACCAUCACUAUUCUCCAGCAUGAGAGUGGACUUGUCAGAAUCAGUGAUUCUCUCUGGUAUCUUCCAAUUUCCUUGGUCAAUGGCAAAGUAACUCUUCAGCAAAGUGGUCUGUCAGUUAUUCUCCAGACAGACUUUGGAUUGUCAGUGCAGUAUGAUUGGGAUCAAUAUUUGGUGGUGAAAAUACCAGUGAGCUUUACAGGAAGAAUGUGUGGCAUGUGUGGGAACUUCAAUGGAAUUAAGGGCGAUGACCUGACCACUCCCAGUGGCAGUGUAGCAGGCAGCAUUCCCCAACUUGGAAAGAGCUGGAGAAUACCUGGUGAUGCCUAUUGUACAGAUGAUUGUGUGGGCCAGUGUGAGAGCUGCCAGGGAGAGUCGUGGUUUGAACGUCUAGCAGCAGAGGCCUUCUGUCACUUGGCCACACUUCUGACUGAUGGUCCAUUCAAGGAUUGCAACUCUCUCGUUGACCCCAAGGUUUUCUAUGAAAAUUGUCUUAUGGACUACUGCAUGGGAAAAGGGUUUAAGAAUUUUCUGUGUAAGACAGCAGAGAUUUAUACAGAUGCUUGUCAGCGAGCUGGGAUUCGUGUCCACGACUGGAGACACAUCAUUGGCUGUUCUUCUCCGGCAUGUCCAGCAAACAGUCACUUUGACUCCUGUGCUUGCCCUGCUUCCUGUGAGAAUCCCACUCCAUCUCCUCAGUGCAAAGCAAACUGUGUAGAGGCUUGUGUUUGUAAUGAAGGCUACUUGUGGAGUGGAAACACGUGUGUCCUGAAAAAUCAGUGUGGCUGUGUGUACAAAAAUGGAGGUGAUGUGCGUUACUUACAGGCUGGGGAAUCCAUCUGGGCUGAUAACAGUUGCACCAAGAACUGUACCUGCAACCCAACAAAUGGUGAAAUUAUUUGUGAAAAUGCACAUUGUCCGGUUGGAACUGCAUGCAGUGUUAAAAAUGGAAUCAGAGCCUGCCAGUCCGUCUCUCAUGGCACCUGUAAUAUCUAUGGAGAUCCCCAUUACAACACAUUUGACAACAGCACUUAUGACUUCCAGGGCACUUGUACUUACACUGCUGCACAGGGCUGCCACCUGGAGGGAACAAAGCUCACUCCAUUUUCAGUCAUAGUAGAGAAUGAAAGAUGGAAUGAAAUCCAAUCCACUCCGAAUGUCUCUAUGGCCAAGGUGGUUGUUGUGGAGGUGUAUGGUAUGACAUUGGUCCUGAGAAGAAAUCAGCUACAUCAGAUAAUGGUUGAUGGUGUCUUAACCACUAUCCCUGUAAGUCUCAAUAACGGUGAAGUGAUUGUUCAGCAGGAGGGCUACAAUAAUGUAAUCAUUACAAGCUUUGGUUUAAGAGUAGCCUAUGACAUGGUUUACCAUGUUAAUAUCAGAGUCCCCAGCACCUACCUUGGAAAAACCUGUGGCAUGUGUGGAAAUUAUAACGGUAAUAAGAACGAUGAGUUGCUGUUGCCAGAUGGGAAGGAAACCAAAGAUCUCAGCACCUUUGGAGCGGCUUGGAAAGUGGCUGUCCCUGGUGUUGUGUGUAAUGAUGGCUGCAGUGGUGAUUUCUGUCCAAAGUGCUCUGAAGUGAAAAAACGUAUAUUUGAGAAGGACUGCAGCAUUAUUACCGACCCUAAAGGGCCAUUUGCUGCCUGUCAUGAUGUAAUUGACCCUCAAUCCUACUUUAGAGACUGUGUUUAUGAUGUCUGUACAAGUGACGGAGAUGCACAUAUGUUGUGCCAUAGUAUCACCGCGUACAUGAUUGACUGCCAGGACUUUAAAGUUCCUGUGAAGCCCUGGAGAUCACCAACAUUUUGUCCUCUGAAAUGUCCUGACAACAGUGUUUAUGAAAUCUGUGCAACGGCAUGCAACACACCUUGUCCCGGCCUCACUGACGUCAUCAAAUGUAAUAUUCAGACAUGUAAUGAAGGGUGUAUGUGUAAAGCAGGGUACUUUAGCAAUGGAACAGGUUGUGUUGAAGAGAAUCAGUGUAGCUGUUAUGACAAUGGGAACAGCUAUAAGAUCGGCCAGGUUGUUAUCACAGACAAUUGUCAAGAAAAACUGAUAUGCCAGAAGUCUGGUAUUGUCAAACAUGAGAGUAUGCAAUGUAGCACUGGAGAAGUAUGCCAAGUAGAGAAUGGUGUUCGUGGAUGCUACCCGAAACGAUGCAUGUUGGAGUCUGCAGGCUCAUUCACCCUGUUUAACGGAACGACUUGGACCAUGCCAUUUAUGGGAGCUUUUGACCUGGUGAAAGUAUGUGACGAUACUGCUAUGGGCAUUUGGUUCCGUGUGGUGGCGGUGUUGCAAGAGAGAAUUGGACUCUUCACCCCUUCAGCUGUUCACAUCUUCUUUGAAAAUGUUCUUGUAACUGUUAUUAGCCAAAAUGAGAUCUGGUUCAACGGUAGAAAGAUGACCCAGCCUACGAUGGAAAGGAGCGGAGUAAUCGUUAAGAUCAUUGAUCAGUCAGUUAUCAUUGAGAAGGCAUCUACCCUCAAAUUGUCUUUUAGUCUAUCCCAAGAAAUCAUAAUCACAGUGGACGAAGGAAUCGCUGACAAAAUCUGUGGUGCCUGUGGAAAACUUACUGGCUCUAUUCCUGGUCAAAGCAUAAUGUUCUAUAUGGAUCAAUUCCGAGCUUUUGAUUUUCCCACUUGCAUCUCAUGAUGGGAAAAGACAUGCUUUUUAAAUAUUGCCAUCUGAGAACAUAAACCAGGCAAAAAUGCUGAAUAGUAUGCUACAUGAUUUCUUAGUUGAUCUCCUGAAAUGAUAAAUUGAAUAAUUACAAUUUUCUGAAAUUGUAAGCCAAAAUCAAAAAAUAAAUAAAGCUCUUGCAAUAUGA